AUAAAAGAAAAGUAAAUAAAAAUAGUCAGAGCUUCUCUGGCUAUGUUGCUUUGGUAGCCAGAGCAGAGGCCAUUGGUGCUCCAUUGGAGGGGUGGGCAUAGCGUUCUAAGUUUGUCUCGGCAGUAGAGAGGGAAGAAUGAGUGAUUCAGGCAGGGAAGAAGAAGCCCCAGACGUUUUAUGCGAAAUGGAAAACGUUCAAGGCCUAGUCGACGCCCUCACCGCCGUUCGUUGGAAGCGCCACCAGGACGCUGUGUUGGAGUUGUCUGAACACGGCAUCGUUUUGAUCGUCGAAGAAAGCGGUUGCCUCCAAGCCAAGGUUUAUCUCAAACGAGAGCUAUUCAUUCGCUACGAUUACAAGGCUCGAGGACGACCUCGUUUUGGAGUGAGUUUGGGGCUUUUCGUGGACUGCUUGAACGCCUUCUCGGUUCCUGGUCAAUCAAGCGUAAUUCAGAUUCAAUAUCCAGGUCCUGACAUGCAGGUUCUUCUCAAAUCUGUAGAUUCGCUGGAUGCCAGUGUUUGUGCAGAGAUCAGGACAAGGAUUCCAGAUACAGUUGCAUGGGACUACAAUUUUGAACCUGCUGGGACAAACCCUUUAACCUUUACUGUUAAGUCUGCAUCACUAAAGGAAGCUAUUGAGGAUCUUGAAUGGCCUGGAUCAAGCAUCCAGAUUACUCUAGAGCCUGAUCCUCCUUCUGUCACAUUGAGAGCUGAAGGACAUGGAGACUUGCAGAUAGACUUCAUGUAUUAUGUGAAUUCCGAUCUCUUGGUAGCAUUUCAGUGUGAUCAUCACACUUCUUUCAAGUACAAAUAUAAGUUCCUCAGAGCAACUACUUCUAAUAUGCCUAACAGUGUUAUUAAAGAAAAUAGAGGAAGUAAAUUAAGCAUUGGUAGAGGUGGAAUGUUAAAAGUUCAGCAUCUGGUGUCAAUUGCCAAACCAUCUGUAUCGCACCCAUAUGUCGAUUCUGUUGGCUAUCAGCAGCAAGGUCGAAUAGCUCACAUUGAAUUCUUUGUGAAACCAGAGGAAGGUGACGACUAAACAGAAUGACUAGUCAAAAGAAAAUUUGCCUUAUUCAUUACUUUUCUAACAAAUCCGAAAAGCAGAGAAAUCUCUUUAUUAGCUCUUCCAAAAUUACCAAAUGACUUGUUAUUAGCAUGUAGAUUGAAGAGGUAGAUCCUUUUUAUUUUGAGUUUAAAAGGAACGAGCUUGGUAAGGCCACCUACACUCUAAAUAGAAUCACGACAGAGUUGAACGGAUUUUGAAAAUUUUCAAUGCCUAGUUCAAGUGGUUUAUAAGGCUUUCGGGGUUUGUUAGGAAUCAGCUUCUAUGUGUUUGGUUAGGAUGGCUUCUUUGUAAUGUUUUAGGCUUCAAUAUGCUUGUAUUACCUUGUGUAUUACCUAAUUCUUUGUAAAUUUCUUGGUACGUUUGAGUUUGUGUGGCAUAAAAAAAGAAACACAUGUAUCACCUUUGUUGUCAUGUAUUUCUAGUGUGAAUUCAUUUUCUUUUUUAAUAAAAAGUUGCACAAUUGCAUAGG